CUCAAUAUUGUCAAUAUUUUCUUUGAUUAAUUGUUAAAAAUCACACAAAGAACCCUUUAUAUAUUUUCAAGCCAUAUAUUCUUCGCCAUGGCCAAGUCCAAGGCAGACCAAAAAUCGAAGAAUAAUCAGAAACGCGAAAAGACCAUCCUGAACACUACGCAAGGUCACCGCGUAUCAUCAAGUCAACAGAAGCCUGCCGAGACUCCCGAAGCUCUUCUUGAACAAGCUACGGCCCUUCUGCAAAUUGGACAACCUGAAGAUGCUCUACCGUUUGCGGAGCGCGCAUUGCAACUGUUGCAACCAGACGACGGCGACGUUUCACCCGCAGCUGUGCUUCCAGCGCUAGACUUGGUCGCCGAAAUCAACAUUGAAUUGGGCAAUAUUGACACCGCCAGAGAAUUGUUUCUGACCGCAGCAUCCCUUGAUCCUGAAGGACUUGUUCCGCAACCGCUGGGCGGUGGCGCAGAGAAGUUUCUAUGGUUAGCGCAAUUGUGCGAGCAAGGUGGAGCAGAAAGUGUAGUAUGGUUUGAAAAGGGCGCCGCUGUUCUUCGAAGAGAAAUUGGGGAGCUGGAGAAGCAUGGGCAUGGGGCUGACGUGGAGUUGGAAGUGGAGGAGAAGAAGGGCAAACUUGCAAAUGCCUUAUGCGGUAUUGCGGAGGUUUAUAUGACUGAUUUGUCGUGGGAAGAAGAUGCCGAAACCCGCUGCGAAAAUCUGGUUACCGAAUCUCUCCUGGUGGCGCCCAAUCAACCUGAAGCCCUCCAAACCCUCGCAUCUGUACGCAUCUCACAGACCCGCUUUGACGAUGCCCGUGCGGCGCUUUCCCGAAGUCUGUUGAUCUGGAAGGACCUCCCUCCUGAGGAUCCCGAUGUGCCACAAUUUCCCACACGUAUCAGUUUAGCCAGAUUGCUUAUGGAAGCUGAGAUGGAGGAGGAAGCGAUUGAGGUUCUAGAGCGGCUGAUAACUGAAGAUGACCACUCCGUGGAAGCGUGGUAUUUGGGUGGUUGGUGCUUGCAUCUCAUGGCCGAGAAGAAGAACGAAGAGCCUUCUAGCGCCAAUAUUGACCCUGCGAAACAACAAGCCGUGGUUAAAAAUCUCGCACGAGCAAGUCGUGCAUGGCUACAAAACAGUUUGCGACUAUACCAAGCCCUCGAGUAUGAGGAUACGCGGUUGGGCGAGCAUGCUACUCAGCUGGUAGAGGUUCUAAACCAGCAGUUAGGCGACAAUGGAGAGGGAGAUGAUGAUGAUGAGGCUUGGGAGGACGAGGGUGACGCUGAGGAGGAUGAGGACGAGGAUGGUGAUCAAGAAAUGGGCGGUGCAUAAGUGACGUUAGUCGCUUAUUCAUUAUAAGCAUCGAAGCUUUCCUCUUCCCUUCUCCCGUUACGCGCUUCCAUAUAAUGGUAAAUAUUUGUUAGGCUUGGAGGCACAAGCUGGCAAUGUUCUUCUCGUUGGAGAUAUCCUAUAAGUGAUGAGACAUGAUCAUAGCAUUUGGGAUGGAUAUUAAAAUUCAGACUCAAUUCCUUUUCCCCGCGUGUGACAGCUUUGUUUCAACAGCUGUGAGAAAAUUGGUAAUAGCUCGCCUAGGAGCUCUGUAAUUUUCAAAGCUAUCGUGU